AUGCUCUACCAAGUCGUGAGCAAUGUGGCGGACAAGGUGGAGCUCUUCGUUGAGGGGGAGAUGACGGUUGCGGAGGUGCGUGUGCUGGUUGGGGCGAUGAUCGGCGCUGACGAGCGGAACAUCCGCCUCACCUUCCAGGGGCACGUGCUCGAGGACGACGCAGCGCCGUGGGACGCCGUUCUGCGAACGUACCCACUCGUGGACGGCGUCCCACGCAAACUCUUCGCGUACGUGUCGGGGAGGCAGCGGGCGGAGGCGCCGAGCGGCGAGGCCCUUCGGGCGGCGCUGCUGACGACGUCGAACACGGCCGAGGAGGAGCGCGCGGCGCGAGAGAACGCGCGUAUGAUGGAGCCGGUGAUUGACAUGAUGGUGCGCAACCCCGGUUUUCUCGACAUGCUGAUCUCCACGCAGCCGGAGCUGAAGGAGGUGAUCAAGGGGCAACCUGACGUGGAGCGGCUGCUGCGCGACCCCGACACGAUGAAGACGCUCAUGAUGUCGCGGUUUGACCCCGACCGCAUGCGAUCUCUGAGCCGCGACAUGCAGCUGCAGUUCGCUCAUAUUAGUGCGACACCCGGCGGUGAGCAGCGGCUCCAACACUACACCGAGGGUGCUUCGCAGAGCAUCGUUCAGGCGCUUGAGUCGGCACAGCAGGAGUCCGAUGGCGGUGUUGAUGAGGCGCUGGCGCGGCCGGAUCCAAACAAGAAGGCGAACGACGAAGCGCUGCCGAACCCGUGGGCGAACCAGUCGUCGUCGUCGUCGCAGGCCCCGGCUGAAAUGAACACCAAUGCCAUGCGCGCCAUUCUGGCCUCUUCUGGUGGCGGCGGUAGCCGUAUGCCAUUCCUUGGACCACCAGGACACGCACCUCCAGCGGCAGCGAGGAACCUCUUUUCUGCCGUAACCGACAUGUUCCCGCAGGGAAUUCCUCCUGUUUCGGGGAGCGGGGUGCAUCUACCUGGAUUGGCACAAGCGAGAGAGGCGGUGCCGAAUGAUGCUGUACGGUGGGCAGCACAACUUUCGAUGCUUAAAGAUAUGGGGUUUGAGGACGAGGCGCUUUGUAUAGAGGCGCUACGUGCGACAAAUGGCGACGUUGACAAAGCAGUGGGUUUUAUCGUCGACAGGAACAGUUGA